GACUGACCAAAGCCCAACUUGUCUUUGCCCCUGUUGUUGUUGCUGUUCCGGGCCUCACAAGCUGCAAAGCAACAUCCCCUUUCGUUACCAGCUCUUUCUCCCAUCUCCCCCGAAAUGGAAAAGGCUACAGCUGGGUUUCCUCAGGGCCAUAUAUGUUUUGAAGAUGUAGCUGUGUAUUUCACGGAGAUCCAGUGGACUGUGUUGGAUUCUCAUCAGAAGGCUCUUUACCCGGACGUCAUGCAGGACAACUUUGAAAAUGUGGCCUCUUUGGAAUUUCCUGAUGCAGUGGUAAAACUGGAAAUGGAAGAGGAGCCACAGGCCCUGCUUCACCAGGAAUAUGAGCUCACUGAGAUCUUCCCAGAAAGCAGUUCAGAAUCUUGCCUUCCUAAUCUGACCACAAUCUCACCUGUGGAAAAGGUGGAAGAGCCACAGAUGCCAGAUCAACUGGAUGUGGAGGAAGGAAAUAUCUUGUCAGACUACAGUGCAGGCUUGCCUGAUGUCAUCAUAAAGGAAGAGGAGCCCUGGAUCCAGGGGCCUGAGGAAAAUGCAAACCUCACUGAUGACCACUCAGGGUUUCCAGCUAUAAUAAUAAAACUGGAACCAAAAGAAGAGCCAUGGUUUUCCGAUCUCCAGAUACCUGUGGAAAACACGAUUGUCUCAAGCAUCCCGUUGGGCAAUGGGUGCAUAAAAGAGGAAGAUGACCUCCAAUCAGAAAACACAAACCAAGUGACUGUAAAUGAGACGCUGUUAGGAACUGCCUCCCAGGAUACAAAGCAGGCCUCUGGAAUUGAAGGCAAAGUAGAUAGUCUCCAAGGGAAUAUGCCAGCAAAGAGAGAAGGAAAAGUUUUAUUUUGUGCAGGAGGUGAGAUCAGGGAAAACCAAGUCCUAAAGAAUAUUCAUAAGCCUGGUAGAAUGCUUCUUAAAGGAGAAGAAGCUUAUAAACACUUGGACAGUGAGAAGAAAUCCAGCUGGAGAUAUUAUGUGUUCUCCCAUGGAAGAAGUCACACAGGUGAGAAACUGUAUACAUGUUCAGUCUGUGGGAAAAAAUUCCUUCGGCGAUCACAUCUGCUUAGACACAAAAUAAACCAUACAAGAGAAAAACCAUAUAUAUGCUCAGUCUGUGGGAAAAGUUUCAAUCAGAGAUCACAUCUCAUUAGCCAUGAAAGGACACAUACAGGAGAAAAACCAUACCCAUGUUCUAUCUGUGGUAAAAACUUGAGUCGAAAAGCACUCCUUAUUAGACAUGAGAGAAUUCAUACAGGGGAGAAACCCUAUAAAUGCUCUUUGUGUGGUAAAAGCUUCUGUCAGAGCUCUGGACUAAUAGCUCACCAGAUCACCCACACAGGAGAAAAACCAUAUGCUUGCUCAGUCUGUGAGAAAAGUUUUAGCCGCAAAGCAAGCCUCAUCAGACAUGAGAGAAUUCAUAUGGGAGAAAAACCAUACACAUGCCCAGUUUGUGGCAAAAGCUUCAGCCAGUGCUCUGGUCUCCUUCAGCAUGAAAGAAUUCACACUGGAGAGAUCCCAUAUAAAUGCUCUAUCUGUGGCAAAAGCUUCAGUCGUAAAGAUUGCCUUUUGGGACAUGAGGGAAUCCAUACAGGAGAGAAACCAUAUUCAUGCUCAGUCUGUGGGAAAAGCUUCAACUGGAAAAGUUACCUGACAGUUCAUGAAAGAAGCCAUACUGAUGAAAAACUGUACAUAUGCUCGGUCUGUGGGAAAAGUUUCAGCCAAAGAUCAAAUCUUAUUAGCCACGAAAAAACCCACACUCAAGAAAAAACCUAUACAUGUUCCAUCUGUGGGAAAAACUUCAUUCACAAAGUGAGCCUUAUUAGACAUGAGCGAGUCCACACAGGGGAGACUCCAUACAAAUGCUCAGUCUGUGGGAAAGGUUGCAGUGGGAGAACAAACCUGAUUUCACAUGAAAGAACUCACACAGAAGAAAGACCUUAUCCAUGCUCAUUUUGUGGUAAAAGCUUCAAACAAAGAUCAAACCUCACCAGUCACGAAAGAAUCCAUACAGGAGAGACCCCCUUUGCAUGCUCAGUCUGUGGUAAAAGCUUCAGUUGCAAAGCAAACCUUCUCGGGCACAUGAGGACCCACACAGGAGAGAAACCAUAUCCAUGUUCAGUUUGUGGGAAAAGCUUUGGUAAUAGAUCACAGGUGGUUAUACAUGAGAGAAUUCAUACAGGAGAAAAACCAUAUACCUGUUCAGCCUGUGGGAAAAGAUUCAAACACAGAACAAGCUAUAUUGAACACCAAAAAAUCCACACGCAAGAAAAACCAUAUACAUGCUCAGUCUGUGGUAGAAAUUUCAGUCGUAAAGAGCACCUAAUUAUCCAUGGGAGGAUUCACACGGGGGAGAAGCCAUAUUCGUGCUCCGUCUGUGAGAAAAGCUUCAAGCAGAAGUCAAGCCUGACUUCCCAUGAGAGAAGCCACACAGGAGAGAAGCCACAUGCUUGCUCAGCCUGUGGCAAAAGUUUUAAUAGAAAAUCAAAUCUUAUUCACCAUGAGAGGAUUCAUACUGGAGAGAAACCGCAUGCAUGCUCAGUCUGUGGUAAAAGUUUCCGUAGUAAAGCCUACCUGAAGAGACAUGAAAAAAUCCAUGCAAGAUAGAUCUGUGCUUGAGAAAAUCCACUCAUAAACUGCAAUAAAAACUUCAGU